AUGGAACAGACAGAGAAAGAAAGCUCAAAGAAGAAAGCAAAGGCUGGAAAGAAAGUGUUACACUGGCUUCAGUUAACAUCUACUAAACCAAAGAAAACAACAAUCUUACAUAAAACUUCAAUUACAUUAAUAGUAACGAAAACAAUUUUGAACAUGAAAAGAAUGUAUUUCAGUUAUAUUUUAUGGAUAGUAUUUGGAAUCAUUAUUUGUACAGAUGCCAUAUCAGAUGUGAAAACAAACGAUACGGACAUAACAUUGGAUGAAAAUGACAGUGGAUACAUUAUAUAUAUCAUUGCAAUGGGUGUUUUGCUCCCAGUUGUACUGAUGGGAGGGCUUGGAUGGUAUCUCUUUGCCAAGCAGAAAAAGGCUAAAUGGGUUUUUGACAUAGAAGCACAAACAGCAGUACAGAAGACAUUGCCACCAAUGAAGGAGCUCUUGCCACAAGUGAUCGAACAGAAGAAAUUGCCACAAGUAAUGGAACAGAAGAAAUUGCCACAAGUAAUGGAACAGAAGAAAUUGCCACAAGAGAAUGAACAGAAGACAUUGCCCAGAACUCCUAAAAAGAAAAAGAAAAAGCCCCGGGCCUCCAUGAAAAAAAUUAUAAAGAAGUCAUUGGAGGACAUGGGAGAAGAUGAGGAACAGGAAUCAGAAUUAAGAAGAAUUCCUAGUCCAAAACAGGCAAGGCACAAGAAAAAAGAAAAAAGUAAAGCCUCUGUGAAAGAAGCAGAACCAGAGGAUGUGGAAGAUCAGAAAUCAGAAAGCGACAAAACUCCCGAGUCCGCUAUUAAAAAGACAGAGUGUCAUAUCAGGAUAGAGGAAGACCAGCUUUCAGAUAAGCAAGACGACUUGGGCAUAGACUAUUUCCUGCCAUUGUUGACCGAGUACCUUAAAAAUAGAAACCCCCCAGAUAGGCCUGUGCAUAGGAGGUAUGAAAUUUAUGAGUGGGCACAAGAGAUUGGAACAGAGCCAACUCCUCCUGCAAGCUUCACAGAGCAGGAUAAGGAUGAUAUGAGCCCGUCAUAUACUAUAGUAAGGCACAUGCAGUGGAUACAUGAAGUCCCCGAUGAAAAUGAAGAAUCGGAAGAAACGCAUGUGAAACAUAAAAGCCCUGUUAAAAAGAAAAAGUCAACAAAACAAGCAAAAAGAAGCUUAGAAAAGGAACAGACAGAGUCCUUAGAGAAAAUAAGCCCAGAAACUGUGAAGAAAAAGGCUCCAGAGAAAGAAAGCUCAAAGAAGAAAGCAAAGGCUGGAAAGAAAGAAAGUAAAUAGAAUGAGCAAGUAAAAGAUCCCGAGAAAGGAAGCAAACUAAAAAGAAAGUCAAAGGAAAGAACAGUGCAAGAAAUGCUCAAGCAAUAAUAAAUCAGACCCAUAUAUUUAUGAAAAUGUAAAUUUGUAUAUAUGUAUGUGUACAUAUAUGUUUAAAUUCCCAAUAAAUAUUUACAUUAAUACCAAUAUUGUGUCUAUUUUUUUAAACUAGUUCUACAAUUGUUAUCAAUAG